AUGGCAACCUUAACCGUACCUCCAGUGAUACCAUCACCUCGUGAAGAUGCUAAGAAGCUGCACAAAGCUUUCAAAGGUCUUGGGUGUGACACAAAAAGGGUUAUUCAAGUCCUUGCUCAUAGGAAUUCAGAACAACGUAGCCUUAUUCAACAAGAGUAUGAAACUACUUAUUCCGAACCACUUUCCAAACGAAUAUCUGCAGAGGUUCGUGGGAAUCUCAAGAAAGCAUUGUUACUUUGGCUGCAUGAUCCUCCAAGUCGAGAUGCUAAGGUAGUAAGGAAAGCAUUAACUUCACCAGUGGUUGAUAAUCAAGCUAUUACAGAAACAAUAUGUUCUCGUACACCAUCACAAUUAAGGAGAUUGAAAGAAGUUUACCUCUCAAAUUAUCAUUCCCCUCUUGAGCAUGACAUUGAAAACCAAACUAGUGGUGAUCACAAGAAGUUGUUGCUUGCAUAUGUAAGUACACCACGGUAUGAAGGUCCAGAAUUGGAUAGUCUAAUGGUAGAAGAAGAUGCCAAACUAUUGUAUAAAUCAGGUGAGAAGAGAAUAGGAACUGAUGAGAAAACAUUUAUAAGGAUCUUUAGUGAAAGAAGCAGCACACAUUUGGCUGCAGUUAACUCUGCAUACACUUCAUUUGGCAAAUCAUUAGAAAAGGCGAUAAAGAGUGAAACAUCUGGCUCUUUUAUGAGUGGCUUAUUGACCAUACUACGAUGUGCUACUAACUCUCCCAUGUAUUUUGCCAAGAUUUUGCGCAAGUCAAUGAAGGGUAUUGGAACUGAUGAUAGUAGAUUAAUAAGGGUAAUAGUGACAAGGACUGAGAUUGAUAUGCAACCAAUAAAAGCAGCAUAUUAUAGUAGAUAUAAAAAGCCAUUGACUCAUGCUGUUAAAUCAGAUACAAGAGGACAUUAUGAAGACUUUCUUAUAAGUCUCUUAGGUACUGAUUAUUAG